AUGGUCUAUGCUUCGACAAAGAAUGGAAAGAUCCAAGAAUGGAAAAUCGCAUGUAGUGUCCUUGCAGCUUUUCUGCACUACAGUCUUUUGGCAGCUUUCUCCUGGAUGUUGAUUAUAUCAACGGAUUUAUUCAUGAAGAUCAAACGUCCGUUUGCUGAUCAUUCAAAGCGCUUCACUUACUGUCGGUUCAUAGGAUGGAUUGGACCUGUCAUUGUUGUUGCAGUGACUGCUGGUAUAACAAGAGAAAACUACGCAUCUGAUAAGUGCUGGUUAGAUACUGAAUCUGGUACCAUUUGGAGUUUCAUUCUGAUAGUCUGCCUCACCAAUCUGAUUAUCAUCGUACAGUUGUGUGUUAUUGGCUACGUAACGUUCGAGAAAUCUAAAAUACCGGACCAAUCUAAAGAAGAAAUACAAAGCUUCAUUAGAAUCAGGAAUAUGUUUCAUGGUAUAUUGCUCCUUGCCCCAGCCGUGGGACUUCCAUGGAUUUUUGGUGUCAUCAUCGUUUUUUGUGAUUGGAAAGUGGUGGAAUACAUCUAUGUUGUCUUGAAUUCCAUGCAAGGAUUCUUCGUGUGGCUCUCGCAGUGCGUAUUCAGCAAAGAGGUGCGGCAGACAAUCAAAAAAAGAUUUAACAACCGGGUAAAGCACCAUAGUAGCGUCGCUACUGUAAGCAGUGUGACUUAUAAAAGAAACCGUGUAAUUAUCGAAGACAUGUAA